AUGCCACAGUCGAAGAGACCCCCGGAUUCGCUAUCCAAGACCAAACAAUCAUCGAAACCCGACAAGAUCAAGAUCAAAAGAAAUACUUCGACGACACAAAAUAAUAAUAAUAAUAAGAAUACUAAUAAUACUAAUAGUACGAAUAAUAAUACCAAUACUGCCAGGAAUUCGAAAAACUAUACUACUACAAACCCGCUGGUUCUGUCACAAUUCAAAACCAUCCUGAACACCUUCCAGCACACCUUUUCACAUCUCUUCACUCCAGAACUACCUCAAAUCAUUCAAUCUGUCAAACAGAGCUUAUACCUUAGAGACUAUGUUGCGGCUUUCGACUCCCCAGAAAAGCUACAGGCUUAUGUCGUCAGAUGGAGUGUGGCUCGAGCUCUGGCUUACUUUGAAAUGAUCUCUGGACAUUGGUGGUCUGAAGAUGUUACACAAAUAUUCUCUACCAGCAGACGUCUCCGUGUAACCUGUGUGGGCGGUGGAGCCGGAGCUGAGAUAGUUGGAAUCACAGCUGCAUAUUCUUUUCUUAGGUCUUCUUCUCCUUCUCCUCCUCCUCCUUCUUCUCCUUCAAUUGGAGUCGGGGGGGAAGAUGUCGAUACAGGAUUGGAUCUGACAUUUCUGGACUUUGCUACAUGGGCUCCAAUCACCGACUCCUUCUACACUACUAUCACAGAUCCGACAAAGGAAUCAAACUUUUUCCUUGAUAAAUCUAAAAUUUCCGCCAGGUGUUAUCAACAAGAUGUUCUCACCCCGCUUUCGGAUACUACUGUCUCGUCGAUGGCGUCGGCUGACAUUGUCACGAUCUUAUUCACCGCCGGAGAACUUUAUUCUCAAUCCCCGACCGCCACGACAAAGUUCUUUAUGUCUCUUCAUACCAUUACCAAACCCGGUGCCCUACUCGUGGUCGUUGACUCCGCUGGUGGGUUCGAAGAUCUUGAUGUUUUGAAGAAGAAUCAACAAGGAAAUUCGUCCGGUGGGGGUGAGAGUGGGAAAGUCCAGCCAGAUGGAAAUAUCGGCGGAUACAAACUGGGGUUCUUACUCGAUAAGACUCUAACGAACCGAGAACAAUGGCAAACGGUCGUUAGUCAGGACGCGAAGUGGUGGCGGGUACCACAGGAAUUAAAGGAUACCGGCGGAUACCCGCUGGAGUUGGAGAAUAUGCGAUGUCUGAUACGAGUGUAUCGCAGGAACGACGACCCUUGA